AUGUCGCAGGAUGGCCCUGGAUGGAUGCGCAGACUAUUAACCGACCAGUGCGCUGAGAAAUUCCAGUUCGGAUUUUACCAUAUUUUAGAGCUUCGUCAGGAGCUCAGCGAUCAGGCUAUCAGCGACUUCAUCUCCAUCGGAGGAAGAAAACUGAUACUCCCUUGGGAAAGAAACGCCCCAGACAAGUGGGAGGACUUCGAAUGCUUCGCCGACCCUGGAGCAGAUCCGUUAUCUAUUAAACUGGAGGAAUGA